AUGAAAAAGGUGGGAAGUAAUUCUUCACACAAUAUCAAUCAAUCGACCUUCUCUACUACUUACCAUAAAAUUAAAAUAGUAGAGGAAGAUUUUGUAGAGCUAUUAUAG